AGCGACAGUAAAGGGAAAUCUUUUGGGUGAAUUGGUCGGUACUUUGGUUAGUCCUGUCGAUUGCGGUUAGCCCUUUUUGUGAAAUCCUCUCAAAAAAAAGCUGAAUCCUUGGCCGGCGUGCGUUGUUUGGUUUGCGACCGUUUAGUGUGUAGUGCGUAAACGCAGAAUUGCUAGGAUACACGGUGAUCAUCGUUACCAGCAAAGGACUACUUUGUUUCCUCUUUGUGGUGUGCAACGAUUUCCUGGAUAUUCGGCAAGGUUGUCCGCUUGUGUUCCGUGCAGAAAGUGUGUGUCCUUGGACUUUUAUGAACUGUACGUUGGAGGAUUGGAAUCCAUCCACCCCACACAGGAACUCAGCAGUCGAUCUGGACAGUGUAGUGGAGGAAUAUUGAAAAAAAAAAUCGACUGGUCAGAUAUGCUAAUGAGACAAGUGCGACUACUAUACUUAUACACUAAUCCGCGCGUAUGCCGACGUCAAUUAGUGUAAACACAGCGCCUAUGGAUAAAGUGUUCUGAGGAACGGAGCGUGGAUGGGUUCGGGAAGUGCCUACUUUGAUCGUUUGCCAGUUUGCGCGAACAUAUGAAGCGCCCAGAGUAGAAAGAAUUUUGUGCCAUACAGCAGCGCCAAACAUCCAUAGGAGAGAGAGAGAGAGCAUCAGCAGGAGAGUGUAGAGUGGCAGUGGUGUAGCAAUAGCUUAACACACCAUCAGUUGGAAACCCGAAUCGCGAUUUUUUGGCUCGACCUCGGAACACUACAAACAGAAUAAAUCGCGAUUCCAACAACAAAUAAUAACAACACACACAUGUAUUCAGACGGCUGACUGACUGACUGACUGACUACACGAAGUAAUCGUUUUCUGUAUGCGGUGAUAUUUUCGCGAACAAGAACGGCUGACUGGUCAGUGUCGGUGGUGAUUUUUUUCCGGCCUGUUUCAGGAAUAAUAAUAAAUCGCGAUAUGAUGAAGGAAGCAAAAUUGAAGAGUACGACGUAAUAGCGGUGUGGUUGUGAUCCUGAAAAUAUCUGUAGCACGGUUCGUCAUCGGGAACACGAAAGAAGAAACAGAUUAAAAUUGGAAAAAAGGGGGAAAAAUUAAACUGACAUUGAACGUGAAACGAAGGCCCCAAGGACAGCAGUCAUACGUGAGAGAAAAGCGCAAGCAAUAGGGGAGCCAAUGGAAGCGGUGUUUGAAAUGAGUGCACAUAGGUAUGCAGGUAGGCCUUGAAUCAGGGUCUCGCAUAAAGGAUACAAGUCCAAGGACUAACGUCAUAGCAACGUGCGAGCUUAAUGUGAGAACCCUCUCUCUCUGUGUGUUUCUCUUAAGGCGCUCAUGGCAUGCUACAUGUGCCAGUAACCUACAGUGAACUGUGUAAGCUCGUCCUGUGCCAUAAUAGAGCCAAAUGUUGGACAAGUCCUGAUGCCUCAGUUUAUAGCUCUGGUGCUUCUAUAUGCGGUCAUUGGAGCUGAACUGGUAUCGGUGAGUGUUAGUCGUUUUCACACACCAACGACAUCCGAUGAGUUGAUUUCAUUUUGUGAGUGACUCUCUCUCUCACUGUCCCCUAGUGUCAGUGACAUAUAUACUCACGCAGUGGGUUUCGUUCUGUAUGUAAGCGCUCCCUCUCGACCAAGUCCAACUCAGUAGGAUAGGUGGCUGACGACUGUGUUUAUGUGCUAGUUUUAUUUUGGUGUUUAAAUGCGUGUGAUUUACAAGUCAACAGCACUCAGCCAUCGGUGUGUAUGUGUCGGUAAUACAUAUGAAGCGACGGCAGAUCUUAUUUUGAGUUUCCGAAAAUAUUGACCUUGAACUCGCGCGCUCGGUUCGCACAUCGCAGCAAGCGACGAGCUGGGGAAGGGGAGCUCACGGUAGGAAGAAAAAACAAGAGCGCGGCACACAAAGCUGUGUGGUGAAAAUAUUCGAUUUAUCCGUGCCUGCUGAGAUGUGUGAUGGUGAAACGGGCGAAGAAAAACUCGCAAUACUGCGGCGAGAGUGUGUUUGAAUGUUGAAUUAUAUUCGCCGAACCGAAACGGAGGCCAAGUUCAGCUCCUUUUCACCGAAUGGCUCUAGUUUAUCAAUAAUAAUAUUCUUUCGGCUUCGUGUGGAAGUGAGAGGAGAAAAGGAAAAUGUAGAAUAGUGUGUCGCUCGGUCAGAGCCAGUGUCGGUGUUGUAAUAGUCGGGGAAAUAAUCCAGAAAAAAUGCAGUGCUUGAACAAACUUAUUAAGGAAGAGAAGGAUUCGCUGGAAAUACGGACUUUUGUGAUUGGUGACAACCAGCGUAUUAUGUAUUCACCACGUAGUGCGGAUACGAAGAAAACUGUCAAACUUGCCAUCACCGUGCCGCAGUCGGUGUCUGCGACAUCCAGUUCCGCACCGGUGACCGGUCACCAUCAGCCGCAGGAUCGGGCACGGAUUCAAAUCAUUGCCAAACCUUCGAACAAACCGUGUGAAAAUGUAGCCCCUAUUCAGGCACAGGAAGUUCACGUUAUUCGGGAUGGACGCUUCUAUGACCUUCAUCAUAACCAUGCGUCUCCAUCCCACAUACAUCAGCACCAGCAGCAGGAGACGUCCCAUCGUCCGCUACAGUCCGGUUCUCCUAAUCCAAGCAACCAAAUCGUUUCUGCUGCUAUUGGUGACAGUAGCUCGAAUCGCCAUUCACUCCACCCACAUCAUCCGGCUGGGGCAUCUUCCAGUACUAUCAUAAUCGAUGGACCUCACCAUUCGGUGGUGUCCUCAAGCAGUAAACAGCAUCUACCCCCACCGUCUCAGGCCACACUGAUGGUUAUUCAGCAAAGGCAACAGCAGCAACAUCAUCAACAACAACAACAACAACAGCAUCACCACGUGACCUCAAUGCAGCCACCGCCUCCACCACCCCCAACUGGUUUGGUGGGUAGUGUUGGUAGUGGCGCCGGAAGUGGGGGAAGCGCGAUGAUGCCUAAAAUGAUGAAAAGUGGUCACGAGGAGCCUUCCAGUUCGAUGCCUGAUUUAGAGUUUGACGGAACCACCGUCCUGUGUCGAGUGUGUGGUGACAAAGCUUCCGGUUUCCAUUACGGUGUGCAUUCCUGUGAAGGUUGCAAGGGCUUCUUCAGGCGCUCGAUUCAGCAGAAAAUUCAGUAUCGCCCUUGUACUAAAAACCAGCAGUGUAGCAUACUACGAAUAAACCGUAAUCGCUGUCAGUAUUGUAGGCUGAAAAAAUGCAUAGCUGUCGGAAUGAGUCGCGAUGCGGUCAGAUUCGGCCGGGUGCCGAAGCGCGAGAAAGCCCGCAUCCUGGCGGCCAUGCAGCAGAGCACCCAGAACCGAGGGAACCAACGGGCUCUGGCGACCGAGCUGGACGACCAGCCGCGCCUGCUGGCCGCCGUACUGCGAGCACACAUGGAUACGUGCGAGUUCACCCGCGAGAAGGUUACUGCGAUGCGGCAGCGGGCCCGCGACUGUCCCUCCUACUCAUUGCCUACUUUGGCAUGUCCGCUGAACCCGGCCCCGGAGCUGCAAUCGGAGCAGGAGUUUAGCCAGCGCUUUGCCCACGUCAUCCGCGGUGUGAUCGACUUUGCCGGUAUGAUUCCCGGCUUCCAGCUGCUGACGCAGGACGACAAGUUUACCCUGCUGAAGGCGGGCCUGUUUGAUGCGCUGUUCGUGCGGCUGAUCUGCAUGUUCGACUCGCAAAUUAACUCGAUCAUCUGUCUGAAUGGGCAGGUGAUGCGCCGGGAUACUAUCCAGAACGGAGCCAACGCACGGUUCCUGGUCGAUUCGACGUUCAACUUUGCGGAACGGAUGAACUCGAUGAACCUGACCGAUGCGGAGAUUGGUCUGUUCUGUGCCAUUGUGCUGAUUACCCCGGAUCGGCCCGGAUUGCGAAAUGUGGAACUGAUCGAGCGGAUGUACUCGAAGCUGAAGGCUUGUCUGCAGUCGAUCGUUUCGCAGAACCGGCCAGAUAAGCCGGAAUUUAUGCAGGAACUGUUGAGAACGAUGCCUGAUUUGAGAACGUUGAGUACCUUGCACACGGAGAAACUGGUCGUGUUCCGGACGGAACACAAGGAAAUGUUGCGGCAGCAGAUGUGGAGUGCGGAGGAAGAGCUAGCCAAGAGUCCCAACUCAAACGGUACGUGGAGUUGCGACGGCAAUAUUGUGGAGGAUGUGGCUAAAAGUCCGAUGGGUUCGGUUUCCAGUACGGAGUCGGCUGAAACGACUUUGGACUACUCGCAUGCGGCUUCGUCGUUGAGUGCUUCGGCUCCGCUGUUGGCUGCUAGCUUGUCGGGUCAAUGUCCGAUUCGUCAUCGGGCAAGUUCCGGAUCGUCGGCAGAAGAUGAUAUUAUUGGUGGGGCGGCGCAUUUGGCGCAGAAUGGCCUAACAAUUACUCCGGUAAUUCGUUCGGUUGGAACACAUCACGUACGGUACAGGAAAUUGGACUCUCCCACCGAUUCCGGAAUUGAGUCCGGAAAUGAAAAACAUGAUCAUAAACCGGUCAGCAGUGGAUCGUCAUCCUGUUCAAGCCCACGGUCUUCCCUGGAGGAUCAAUCGGAUGAUAAGCGGCACAUUGUGGAGAACAUGCCCGUUUUGAAGCGUGUCCUCCAGGCACCGCCACUGUACGAUACCAACAGUUUGAUGGACGAGGCAUACAAGCCUCACAAAAAGUUCCGUGCGAUGCGGCAGCGGGAGAGUGAAGCAGAACCUGCUCCCUGCUCAUCUUCCUCGUCGUCUACAAUCACAAUUUCAUCACACUCGCCUAAACCGUCAUCGUCCUCUGGAUCCUGCUCCAGCGCCGCAACGAAUUCUGUGGUUUUAGCGCACAGUAGCAGCUCACACGGAGGCCUUCAAUCUCCUCCUCAGCAGCCACAAUCCCAGCUUCACAUGCAUUUAACGCGUCCACUGAAUCAGUCACCACACCAAAGCCUCCACAACAAUCAUCAUCACCACCAUCAUCAGCAUCAUCAUCAUCAACUUUCUGCCACUCCACCGGCAAGCCAUCAGUCGUCUUCCCUGUCCAGCACCCACUCGGUUCUGGCCAAAUCUUUGAUGGAACAACCGACGAUGACACCGGAACAGAUGAAACGUUCCGACAUCAUCCACAAUUACAUCAUGCGAGAAUCGCACCAACAAGCUCAGCACCAUCCAGCAGACCAUCAGGGACCACCCUAUCGAAGUGGUCUACAAGUGUGCAGUCCACGAUCCUCGUCGGUCUCACCGCUAACAUCUAGCAGCAGUAGCAGCAGCAGCAGUAAUGGCAGUGCAUCAUCUGCCUCAUCCGCCGCCAACGCUGGUUGUCCAUAUUCCUCUUCGUCUACGAGUAACAACGGCGGUAGCAGUAGCAGAUGGCAAGGUGGUCCAACGAGUGUAAUCACAACCACCCGCCAACAGACACCCUCCCCGUCGCUCAAUUCCACCGGAAGUGCAGACACUUCCUCCUCUUCCAGCAGCAGUAGCAUUCGCUACUUCCAGUCACCACAUUCGACAUCGAUCUCGCCACCGGUUGCUUCCAUGGCACCGGCCAGCACAACCACCGGUCCCAUCGGAUCUCCCCAGCUGUCGUCUUCGAUGGUAACGGUACCCUCCCAAUCACCCCGCCUACUGGAACUACAGGUCGACAUUGCCGGACACGGUUCCGGUGCCGUCGAUGCUCCACUAAACCUCUCGAAAAAAUCACCCUCCCCGGCACCGAUUCGCAGCAGCGGUCACGCCUCUUCUUCCUCAGCCACCUCGUCAAUGAAUGCCACAACUACUACUACCAAUGGUGCGAAUCCUGGCGGCCCUGUAACCACCAUCCACAAGGUGCUACUGGAAGCAUAAGCCUUUUCGAGAGACACAACUAAUUGCAGUAGAAUAAAACAAAAAAGAAAGAGGCAGAUCAGUUUACGGCAAGCUGUACAAAGUUUAAAACAGUAAGAGAAACUAUUCUAGUAUGAUGGUAUUUUAUUACAAAAAAAAAUGGAAGAGCAAAAAAGAUAAACGGAUGCAAUCUGUUGCUGCUAUUAUUACUACUACAAACUACUACUACUGAUAACUGUGUAAAUCGGACAAAACUAAACAAAAAAAAACAAGCAGAAUGUUGAUAUUUUAUAAAGCAUGCAUGCAAAAAUGAGGAUCUCUAUUUUCCCCCAUCUUCCAAAUACAGGAAAAAAUAACACAAAUACAAACGCAGAGGAAAGAGACAAAAAAUACACAUCAAAAGACGCAUGAAAAGAGAGAAAAAAAGAAGAUAGAGAUAGAAGAAAGGCUGGCUGGCUGGCCAGCAGAAAGCAAACAGAUCGCGUUAGUGUUCGCUGGUGAGCAUGAGAAGGAAGCACUAGAAGUUGAAGUAAAAAGCCAAACACAAGAAGACAACCAGACGGAACGAUUAACAAAAAAAAACGUUUUCUUUAGUAAAUAGGUCAUAAUAAGAGAUAAAUGAUUCAUAAUGAUUGAAAACUCACUCAAAGUUAAGCGGAAAUGAAUUUGUAAUGGAAGAAAGUAGGAGAAAGAAUAAAAAAAAACAACCAUCGCAAAUUGUAAAUACUGACGGAAUUAAGCCCCUCCGGUCCAAAGUUUGAAACAAACGAAGUAAAUCAAGCAGGAAGAAAUAUUCCAAAUUUUACCAAACACAUUUUUUCAGUGUGUGUGCCCGAGGAAGGAAAUAAACAAAAAACAAUUGAAAAUCACCAAUCAAAGUGAGAUGAAAACGUUUUAAAAGCAGAUGGAGAUGAUAUGAAUUAGCUGGUAGAAGAUAAAAUGAUAAACAAAAACCGUACUCUAACGUAAGGCAAAAACAAUUGAAGAAAAAUCAGUGAAAUUGUCAAUCCGUUCUUAUUAAUUUCACAGCAAAAAGAUUAUUUAAAACUACUUUUUAAUGAAAGAAAUUGAUGAAAAAAAAAACUCAAGCUGCAGCUUGUUCAAAAACCAAGUAAAACAUGUAAAUAGUGUAAUUAGAAUUAUUACUAUAAUUUUUAAAAAUGAAAGCACGCAGAUUUUUAUUUAUUGAAACAAUUGCUUAUUAUUUUUCUUAUUCUCUUAAAAUUUUGUCCUUCAUGUUUUCCAACAGAAACAAAAAAAAAAUGUAAAUAGCAAUCGAAAUAAAAGUGUUAUGAUUAAAGAAACACACACAACACAUACGUGACCAAACUUUAAUUUAAAGCGACCGUUUUUUUUAAUUGACACAAUUAAUUUGUUUCUUUACUAUUAUGACUUUUUUUUAAACGAGAGAAGCAAAAAACUUUAUCAAAACUAAGACAAAAUGGAUCAAUGUUUUAAAAAAAAUGUAAACAAGUGAACUAAGUUUAAAAAACUUGAAAACGUGGUGGAACGUAAGCGGGAGUGAUGCUAUCAAUUUAGAUUACUACUACUACUACUACUACGACUACUACUAGCCCUAGUAAGCAGUGAGUGACGAGUAAUUCAAGUGAGAUGAAAUUAAAUAAGCAAAAUAUGUGUGUGUGUGAGAGAGAUUCACACCCGAAACUACUGCAGAUGGAAAACAGGUGGCGAAAGAGAAAAAAAAUGUGCAACAGAAAAACAACCCUACACGUGUAAGCAAGAAGGUUUAGAAUUAGAACUAUAGCUGUGUAACAUUUAAAAAAACAAGAACGAAUGCUGAGUGCGAGCGUGAUUCGAGUGAGCGAGAGAGUGCGAGUAAAAAAAACGGAAACAAAUUAAAAUGAGACAUACCAGAAAAAUACACCCUCACACAUACACAGACACACUCACUCACCAAUGCAUGAGCCAGAAGUGAAUAAGAAGAAAAAAUCCAAACAAAAAAAAAGAACAGAACAAAAUCCCUUAUAUAAUUGUAUGGAAAGUAAAUCUAUGAAGAUAAAUAAACAGAGCAAAACACAAGAUAAUAAGAGACAAAGCGUGCAAAAAUAAGAAGAAAAAAAAACAAGUUGUAAUGUGAAGAUGAGAGUAAAACUAGAAACAAAACACCUUUUUUGCGAGAACAGGAAAUUAAACAAACCAACAAACAAACAAAAAAAAUACAGUUGAAUUGAGGAAUGAUUGAAUGAAAUAAAGUAUUAAAUAUUGCUUCAUUGUUGCAAUUAUAAUGAAAAUAAAAA